AUGCGCACGCACUGGCUGGUGAUUCUGGCCAUGGCCUCGGCCACAACAGCCUGGCCUUGGAAGCCGGCCGUGUCGCCUUCGACGCCGCGAAGAUCGGGCGACAUCAUCUUUGUUAGCAGUGCAGUUUAUGAUCAGAAUGCUGAACAGCUAUACGCACGAGAUACUGCAUCUACUUUGUCCACCACCACAUCCACGGCGGCAGACAGUACCACCACCUCGUCCUCCGCAACUACUUCCACUAGCUCGGCGACAACUGCUUCUACAGCGUCAAGUACAGAAACCUCAUCUACAUCGAGUACUACCUCCGGCUCAACAGCAACCACAUCUUCUACUUCUACUUCUGCAUCUACAGUAACGGCUGCCUCGACCACGUCUGCCACAACGACUGCGUCUUCAUCUACCGUCUCCACCACAGCCACGACAUCCAGCACAUCUACAGCGUCCACAACCACAACCACAACCACAGCUACCACAUCCACUUCUACCUCAAACGCCUCCGCCUCCGCCUCAGCAGAAGCAGCAGCAGAAUUAGCAGCCUGGAACCACGCCGGUGAGAUGCGAGCAAUAAUAGUCUUCAGUAUCCUCGGCGGCAUCACACUUGGCUUCACGCUCUACAGAAUAAUCCAAUGCUAUAUGCGCAAGAGAAGAGCGCGAGUGAAUCGGUACAGCACAGCAAGCGCUUCGACAUAUUCUGUCAUUCCGUUGACUGCAGCAGCGGAUGGCAAGGAUGCGAGGAUGCCGCAUGAAUGA